UAUGUAUGUGUAUAUAUGUAUGAGUGUUUGAUCUGCUCAGUAGUAAGACGGAUCAUCUGCUCUCUCCUUGUUCGUCAGGUGACGGUGGUAUCCGUGGCUUCCCCGACUUCCAACGCCUCUCAGAAGUCGAUGGCGCUGCCCGUCAAUGUAGCACUCGGCCAGCAGAUCCUCGCAGUCCAGCAGUCCACAUCUGGAUCUCCAGUCAAGCUGACCACCGGCCAAACCAUGACACAGAAUAUUAAAUCGGUGCAGUCUGUGACUCUGGGAGGAGUCGGCGGCUCCCAGUACAAGGCCAUCAUCCCGCUGGCCACCCAGUCGAAUGUGCAGCAGAUUCAGGUCCCGGGUAGCAGGUUCCACUACGUCCGCCUCGUCACUACAACCACAGCGAGCAGCUCGGGACAUCCCAGCGGUCCCAGUACCAGCUCCAUACAGACUGCGAAACCCAUGGUGGUCAGUACAGGAGCAGUCAGGAUGUCUGUCCCCAUCAUCCCAGCACAGACCGUCAAACAGAUGGUGCCGAAGCCCUUAACAUCAGCCACGGUGGUCACCACCACUCAGACCCAGCAACGCCUCAUCAUGCCUGCAACCCCACUACCGCAGAUCCAGCCCAACUUCACCAACCUCCCUCCAGGCACCGUUCUGGCUCCGGCUCCGGGAGGAGGGAACAUGGGCUACGCAGUCGUGCCAGCACAAUACGUCACUCAGCUCCAGCAGACGCCAUUCGUGACCCUCGCCAGCAGCUCUGGUUUCCCCCAGUCCACUGGUAUCCAGACUCAGGCCAGACUGCCACUCAAUGGCUUGUCAACAGCAGAAACGACCUCAAGACCGAGGAAACCGUGCAACUGCACCAAGUCACAGUGUCUCAAACUAUACUGUGACUGCUUUGCAAACGGAGAGUUCUGCAAUAACUGUAACUGCAAUAACUGCUUCAAUAACCUGGAACACGAAACGGAGCGUCUCAAAGCGAUAAAGACGUGCCUGGACCGAAACCCAGAGGCCUUCAAACCCAAAAUUGGUAAAGGCAAAGAGGGAGAGUCCGACCGCCGACACAGCAAAGGCUGCAACUGCAAACGAUCGGGCUGCCUGAAGAACUACUGCGAGUGUUACGAGGCGAAGAUCAUGUGCUCGUCCAUCUGCAAGUGCAUCGGCUGUAAGAACUUCGAGGAGAGCCCGGAGAGGAAGACCCUCAUGCACUUGGCCGACGCAGCAGAAGUGAGGGUGCUGCAGCAGACUGCAGCCAAGACCAAGCUGUCGUCACAGAUCUCAGACCUGCUCAUGAGGACGACGCCCGUUAUCUCAAGCGGAGGCGGGAAGUUGCCGUACACGUUUGUAACGAAGGAGGUGCUGGAGGCGACGUGCGAGUGUCUGCUGGAGCAGGCCAAAAAGGCCGAACAGACUCACCAGCCUCAGGUGGAGGCGGAGAGGAUGAUCCUGGAGGAGUUCGGACACUGUCUCAUGAGGAUAAUCAGCUCCGCGGGGAAAGCCAAAGCCGACUGCGCCUCCAUCAACUGCUAGGCCAGGCGCUCUGGCGAUCUCCACCCUCUAACUCUCUGUCUCCGGACCCCUGGGGUCUCUGUCCUGCAGGGAAACGGCUCGUCCCUCUCCUCAAAAAGGCGGAACAAUGGCCUGAAAGUAGUUUCCCCGGCCUCGGGACAAGCCGAGGCCGGCUGGAAUAAUAAACAUGGAGCAGAUGUUUGCUAACUGAAGGACAAACGGACAGAGCUCAUCGCCUCUGAUGGACCUUCAUCGCUGUUCUCCGACUUCAUCGUCUGGCUGUGAUGGACAGAAACGAGCGAGCAAGGUAGCGCUGAACAGGGAUUCCUCUUCACUUUAUUUCCCCACAGGGCUCUUUUUAAAUCUGUUUGUGUUCUUCCAUUUUAUUCUAUUUUCUUUUAUUCCCCCCCCCCCUUGUCAUUUUUAUGUAAUCAUUUGUGCUUAAAUUAGACAAACAUGAUCUUUUGAUAUUUAUUUUGACACGUUACAAUGUGUGGCUUAUAGUGCUGGAAACUGUUUGUUAUUAACCGAGGCUAGGCUAAAUUUCUUUCAAUGAAAAUGAGUAGAAAUGCACACAAUGCAUUAUUCACACACAGCACUGCUCACUGUAGUUGGCACAAGGCUGGAUCGGCCGAGGUACUUGUUUCUUCUGGUGCUGCUUUCAGUCACAUGCUUGCUGUACAUUAAAGACACAAUGAAUGGGAAACACAAAGAUGGCCGGUCUGACUUGUUGGCUGGUGUUCCUGACUGGAGGUGAAGCAGCUUAAUGUGUCACAGAGCAGAUCACAGAUGUCACGGGGGCACAAAGGAGGAGCAAACUGAUGACUUUCAUUCUGACAUUUCACAGCAGGAAAAGCACAGCAGGGAUUAGUAUUUAUUUUACGUGUUCGAAGGUCUUGGUGUUGGGUUUGCUGGCUCACUGGUGUAACUUAAAGGCGCCGCUAUACAACAACAGAACAUCCUUGUAAUCUGACGUUCACACGGCGUGGAGGUGACGAGGGAGCAACUAUUUCUGUCACUUUUCAUGUCAAAUUCAUAAGCACAUGAGCACCGUUAUUCUCCAGAUGUUAAACCAUGUUGUGUCUGCGCUCUCUGUGGCUGCCGGCUUUUCACUCCAGUGUCACCGUUCACAACAACUAAAAACAUUGUAAAAGGAAAUCUUACUGGAAAACUAAAAGCCCCAAAAACCUAUUUUAUCACUUAGCUUUCUUACUACGGGUAACGGGUCCUACAUGAACUGUUUUGGUUAUUUCAAAUGACACAUUAAUUCGUUUUUUGUCUUUGUUCUUCUCACAAGUUUUUUAAGUGGGUGAGUUUUGGAUUGUUAAACUCUUAAAUGGUGAAGUUUGGAAUAAAACAAACAUGCACUUUGUUGCUUGUUAAGUAGUGAAGAUUACAUUUUUAAUACUCAAGCACUCUGAAACGUGACUUGAUUUCUUCCGUGUUUCUCUCCAACAUUAAAUAUUUCUGACCACAAAAGCAACAAAUUGACUAGUUUACAGUUAAAGAUAUUUUAGUUGAUCAACUGAUAAGCAAUUCACUGCUUUGUCAUUUUUCCUGCAGAAGUUAAAGCUUCUCAGAUUUGCUGAUGUGCUGCUUUUGUAGUCUGAAGUAUCUUUGGGCUUUUACUUAAAUAUAACAAGCGAGUCAGUUACGUCAUUCUAGGAUUUAUGAAUUAUAGCAUCAUCUUUCACUAUCUCACUUCAAACCAGUGAGGAGAGAAGCUCAGACACAACACGGACACAAAUGCAAAAGAUGGUGAUUUCAUGUAGAACUGUUCCUCGUAAGAAGCUGAUUGAGGAUAUAAGUGUUCAGGAUUUUUAAUAUUUACAACUUUAAACAGAACUGAGUCAUUGUUAAUGUUCUUUGUAUCUGUGCUUUUACUUCUGUGAAGCUUCAGAGUAGCUGCUGUGGAACAUGUCUGUACAGAGUCACUGAAAGUCUCAUGCAUCUUGUUGGGAACCAUUGUGACUCUAAAACGUCCGAAAGUAUGCAAAACAUGACCGAGACAGAAGUGCAUUCUGGGUAGGACGAUAUGAUUUGUCUUUCUGUCUGCAAAUGUCACAUGAGGGUUUGUUUGCUCCGUUUGUGCCCGAGACAAACUCAUUGAACUCUAAUUAAAUUUUACAGGAAUAUGUAAAAUAAUGAUGAUAUAAAAGGCACAACUACCCCAUUAAGUCUGUUUUUUGGUAAUUAUGUAAUGUUCAGCCACGUAGUUCAGUUCGUUUACACAAAUUUAAUUUAUAUUGACUGCUCCUGAUAGUACUUCAAGUGAUAUGAACCAACCAUGCCAGCUCUUCAGCCAGACGUUCACGAGCGGCGGCUGAAAUGUUUCCCAUCCUGACGUUUGAACAGUAAUUAAACUAUAUCAUUGUUUUAAGCUGAAA